AUGCCCUGUCUCAGCCAAGCCGUUCUCUUGGUGAAAGCCAUGCUGUUGGUUUGUUUAGCCAAUGCUCAAACAAUUACUGUCAACGAUGUUGUUACUGAGGCCAAUGAAUUCAAUGUUGCACCAGCAGCUGAGACUAUAAACGGCGAUAUCCUAAAAGAGGAGAGCCUCCAACUGACAGAUGCUGUACUGACUAACCUCACACAUCUCUCACUGUCAAACAUCUCUUUGUUUGAUUUCGAUACCACAACUAAUAGUAAACGGCGUUCGGACACCGCCCGCGUCUUCCACAAAUGCAAGACGUAUCCUGGCGAUGUUUUCUGGCCGAGCACGACAGUUUGGAACGUCUUCAACCUCCUAACCGGUCUCGCCCUCAGUGAGACGGUUCCCAUUGGUGCUUCUUGCUUUGACACGUUUGGUACUUACAAUGCUGCUCGCUGUGAAUAUAUCACCAAGGAAUGGGCGAAUUCAUCUAUCCACAUAGAAGACCCAACAUCCGUUGUUACCCCCUUGUACCAGGGAUUGACCUGCAUGCCAACUGCCAUCACCAAUGUCUCUGCUGGAAUUUGUAAAGUGGGCGGAUUUCCUUCUUACGUUUUAAAGGCAACGAAUGUCGCACAAAUUCAGCUGGCCGUCAACUUUGCCCGCAAUCUCAAUCUUCGCCUAGUUGUGAAGAACACGGGGCAUGACUUCAACGGUCGCUCUUGCGGUUCUGGCGCUCUCUCUAUCUGGACCCAUCACCUCAAGAGCAUCAACUUCUACGAUAAUUACAAGUCUAGCUCUUACUCAGGCCCGGCUCUCAAAGUCGGUGCCGGUGUCCAGGGCUUUGAGUUGUAUGAAGCUGCAGACAAGUACGAUGUGACAGCCGUUGGGGGAGAGGGAAUGACAGUUGGUUUCGCAGGGGGUUACCUUGCUGGGGGUGGCCAUUCACCGCUAUCAACCAAAUAUGGCAUUGCUGCUGAUUCAGUCUUGAGCAUUGAUGUCGUUACUCCCGAUGGUCGUUUCGUGACUGCCAAUGAUAACCAGAACACAGAGCUAUUCUGGGCCUUGCGAGGUGGCGGUGGUAACACUUUUGGCGUCGUAACUUCCUACGUUGUGAAGGUCUACCCCAAGCUUGAAACUGUUGCCGUCAUGACUUUCAGUUUCAGCACUGGAGAGACUGUUAGUUACGAUGCUUUUUGGGCUGCAGUAAGAGCAUAUUGGGAAGCUUUACCAACCUUCAAUGAAGCUGGAAACUACGAAUACUGGAACUUGUUCAACUUGCCGAACUCCCUUAGGUUUACCAUGCUCCCUUGGUUUGCUCCUAACAUGACCGUACAAGAACUGAAAGUCCUUACUGCUCCUCUCUUUGCAAAAUGGACUGAACUUGGUAUCAAUGUAUCCCCUGUCUAUUCCGAGCAUAAGGGUUUCCUCUCUGCCUGGAGAGCCGGUUUUCCCAAAGAGCUCAUUGGUGGAACCUCCGCUAAGAUGGCCUGCCGUCUCUUUCCCACGGAGAACUUCGUUAACGCCACGAAGCUAAACGCCACGUUCAACGCUAUCAAAGGUCUCAGUGACAAAGGUGGUCAGAUCAUUGGGUUUGGCAUCACCGGUGGACCUGGGCCAUACCCUGACAAUGCCGUCAACCCAGCGUGGCGUGAAGCUGCCAUGUUUGCUGUCUCUGUUAUUCAGUGGCCCGCCGGGUCCUCUAUGGAAGUUGCUGCGGAGAAGUCAAAAACUUUGACGAACCAAUGGAUGCAGCCCUGGCGCGAUGUCACUCCAGGAGGUGGAGGAUAUGCCAGCGAGUGCGAUGUGACUGAGCCUGACUUCAAGCAAUCCUUAUACGGAACUGAGAAGUACGCUCGAUUGCUUGCAUUAAAGACAAAGAUUGACCCCACUGGCCUCUUCUAUGCCAACUUGGGUGUAGGAAGUGACGGUUGGCAUAUUACAGGUCAACUUGAUGGCCUCCCAACUCAGAACGGCCGCCUCUGUCGAAAAUGA